AUGGUUUGCAAGAAGGCUGGCCUUAUCCAGAACCUCGGCCUCUUUGACUUGAAGAAGGCUCAGACGUGGUUGCCGAUCUCCUUACUGCUGGUCGGAAUGAUUUAUACGGGCAACAAAGCGCUGCAAUUCCUGUCUGUUCCCGUUUAUACGAUCUUCAAGAACCUGACAAUCAUCGUCAUCGCGUACGGCGAAGUCUUCAUGGUCGGAGGCAGCGUGAAGCCUCUUGCCCUGCUGUCUUUCGGCUUGAUGGUGCUCAGCUCCGUGGUGGCAGCCUGGGCCGACAUCCAGAUCGCAACCGCCGCAACGGCAAAAGCCAGCUCUGACUCGGCAGUGGCGACCCUGUCGGCUCUCAACGCUGGUUACGCCUGGAUGGGGACGAACGUGGUCUUCUCCGCGUCGUACGCAUUGGGCAUGCGCCGGGUGAUCAAGAAGACGAAUUUUGACAACUGGGACGUCAUGUUCUACAACAACCUGCUCAGCGUCCCUAUCCUGCUGCUCUCUUCCUUGCUCGUCGAGGACUGGUCCUCUGAGAACCUGCAGCGGAACUUUCCUGCCGAGUCGCGACAAAGCUUAGUGAUCGGAAUCUUCUAUUCUGGCGUGGCCGCCAUAUUCAUCUCGUACUGCACCGCCUGGUGUGUACGAGCGACCUCGUCUACCACCUACGCCAUGGUGGGCGCCCUAAACAAGCUUCCUCUUGCGGUCGCCGGCAUUGUCUUCUUCGCGGCCCCCGUCACUUUCGGGAGUGUAUCUGCCAUCGUGCUUGGGUUCAUCAGCGGCCUUGUCUACACGUGGGCGAAAAGCACCGGUGCGUGA